AUGCCAUGCACUGGCCAUUGCCGACUCACAACCUGUCGUGUGUCACGUCAUCAAUUCAUCGUACUCAUAGCACACGCUGCCACCAUGACACAGAUGAUGGAGGGGUUGGUCCAUGAAAUUGACUUGGCUUUUGGUGAAGUGGGUUCUGAAUAA